CUGACACAAAUAUAAAGUGAAGUAGUAUCUACCCAUCACAACUUAACCAAAACAAAAAAACAUGACAAAGAGAGGGAUCCGUGAUGCUGAUUCUGGAAACGCCGACCGUAAGAGGCACUUCUUAUUUUGGGUCUUAGCAGUGGUUAUCCUCGUUGCUCUAUGGACCAUGUUCGCUGGCUCCGUCACGCUCAAAUGGUCCACGACCAACAACGAUGAUUUCGAUUCUACCAUUUUUCAGGAUCUCGAUGUGCUCGAGGUGGAGGAGAGAGAGAAGGUUGUGAGACAGAUGUGGGAUGUGUACAGUCGCACUCGGACGAACUACGUUGGAUUACCCAAGUUUUGGUGGGAAGCCUUCGAAGCAGCUUACGAGGAAUUGGUGAGUGAUGUUCGUGAAGUUCGAGACGGUGCCGUUUCAGAAAUUGCUAAGAUGUCUCUUCUGCGAUCUCUUCCUCUUCAAUCGCACCCGUUUUGGUGAUUGGCAUGUGCAGAGCAUGAAGGGAACAGAGAGUAGGAAUGUGACGAAUAACUAGAAUCCAUGGUUUUAGUUGUAGCAAUACUUUGGGGCUUGAGAAGCAUAGGAGCAGCAUACGACCACUGUACUUUUCCCAAAUCAAUAAUAAAUAUCUUCAAGGUUUCAGCAAA